AUGGAUGCAGAGAUGGCUUCCUGGAAGUCCACAGGCACGUACGUUGACGCUGUUCCCCCUCCUGGGGCGAACAUAGUCAGUGGCAUGUGGAUCUUCAGGGUGAAGCGGCCGCCUGGUUCUCCGCCUGUCUUCAAGGCGCGUUACGUGGCUCGUGGCUUCAGUCAGCAGCAGGGAGUUGACUACUUUCAGACCUUCUCCCCCACUCCGAAGAUGACCACUCUUCGGGUACUGCUGCACGUUGCUGCUCACCUCUACGGUCUUCGCCAGGCGCCACGUGAGUGGCACGACACACUGAGGACUACGCUGGCGGCACUCGGGUUUACUCCUUCUACUGCCGACCCGUCGCUGUUUCUGCGCACCGACACCUCUCUGCCGCCCUUCUACAUCCUCGUGUACGUCGACGACUUGGUCUUUGCCACAGCUGACACUGCUGGACUCGCCUACGUGAAGUCCGAGCUGCAGAAGAGACACACGUGCACUGACCUGGGUGAACUGCGCAGCUACCUUGGCUUGCAGAUCACCCGGGACAGAGCACGCCGCACCAUUACCCUGACUCAGUCACACAUGGUGCAGCAGGUCCUUCAGCGCUUCGGCUUCACGUACUCCUCGCCUCAGGCCACUCCUCUGCCUACUCACCACUCGCUCUCAGCUCUGCCUUCGGAUGAGUCCGUAGAGUCGAGUGGCCCGUAUGCAGAGCUUGUUGGCUGCCUCAUGUACCUGAUGACCUGCACACGACCUGACCUUGCAUACCCUCUUAGCAUUCUCGCACGCUAUGUUGCUCCUGGGAGACACCGACCAGAGCACAUGGCUGCAGCAAAGAGGGUGUUGCGCUACUUGUGCAGUACGUCGGGCAUGGGGCUAGUGCUUGGAGGGCGCAGUCCAGUGGUCCUCACUGGGCACGCGGACGCUUCUUGGGCUGACGACCAGGCUACGCAGCGGUCGUCACAGGGUUACACCUUCAGCCUUGGUUCCGGCUCUGUUUCGUGGCGGGCUACCCGCUCGUCUUCUGUUCUCGGCUCCAGUUGUGAGGCUGAGAUCUACGCCGGGGCUAUGGCUGCACAGGAGUUACGCUGGCUCACCUACCUACUGACUGACCUUGGAGAGCCGCCUCGUUCUCCUCCAGUCCUGUACGUAGACAACAAGGCCAUGCUGGCCUUGUGUCGAGAGCAGCGACUGGAGCACAGGACAAAGCACAUUGCUCUCCGCUACUUUCUUGCUCGUGAGCUACAGCAGCGUGGACAGUUGCGACUUGCGUACGUGGCCUCUGAGGCCAACACUGCUGAUGUCUUCACCAAGGGACUUGCGCCUUGUGAUCAUCUGCGCUGCUGCACGCAGCUGGGUCUUGUGCCUGUCUUGCCUCACUUGCUCACUUCUUGA